AUGAAAAAGCAUGAACCUGGAAUCUACAGAGGAAAGGAAAAAAUUCAAGCUGAUCUUGAAGAACUUCAACAUUGUCUAGAGGAUUUUCACCAAGUACAUAUUCAUCUAACAGAAAAUGUAACUCCCAAGGCUCAUUUUGGGCAUGCUUCAUUUGCUCUACUAUUCUUUUUCGGGCACAUUUGGCAUGGUGCUAGAACUUUGUUCAGAGAUGUUUUUGCUGGUAUCGACCCAGAUUUAGAUGCUCAAGUAGAAUUUGGAACAUUCCAAAAACUUGGAGAUCCAACUACAAGAAGACAGGAGGAUGGAGAAGAAGUUAGGGAAGGAGAAAAAGUUAAGAAUGAAGAACAAGUUGGGGAAGGAGAAAAGUUAAGGAUGGAGAACAAGUUAGGGAAGGAGAAGAAGAAGUUAAGGUUGGAGAAGUAG